ACCUCUGUCACAAUGGAAAAAAUGAAGAAGAGUGCUGCCCAGAUGGAGAAGCCCGUAAAAACUGAGUGGAGUCCCCGGUGUGUCAUUUUCACCUAUUUUCAAGGGGACAUCAGCAGUGUAGUGGAUGAACACUUCUCCAGAGCUCUGAGCAAUAUCAAGAAACCCCAGGAAUUGCUCCCCUUGAGCCAGAGUAAAGAUAUGGUCCUAAGUAAUGAUGAUUUGGACAUGUCUGCAAAUGAGUGGUGUUUCUCUUCUGAAUGGACAAAGCCACAGCCAGAAGUAUCUUUUGCAAAUGGUGCCACCAACUGCAGCAUGAAUGGGUUUGAGCCCAUGGCUAUGACUCAGUACCCUCAGCCCCUGACUGUGAGUCCCUCUGUUGAGCCAGGCCAGCUGUUGCAUUUCUCUUCCCCAGCCAGCACCAGCUCCCCAGAGCCUGAAUACCCUUGUGCCUUCUACUCGGGGCACCUAGUUUCUCAGGCUGAGCCUGAUGGGGAAUAUCAGUCACUCCUGAAUUUUCCCCAUCAAGAGAGAUGUGUAGCUCAUCCUCAGCAAUCUGCCAUGUGGGAGAAUUGCAACUCUGACCAGGCAACCAGAAGCAUGGGAUCUCCCUUCAACCAGCCUUUCAACUCAGCCCACUGUACGAAAUAUUUUCCCCCAGCUCGUGGACCUGCAAGUGUCAACCUUGCCAGUGAUAGCCUUGCACAUGAAAUCAAUGCAGAUCUAGAAUCUUCAGACUGCAAACCUGAAUCUAUUGUACUCCUGACAAAGUGA